AUGACGGAGACACCCGAUCAAGCCCGUCCGCUCGCCUCCGUCCGCCCCACCAGCAGCGACGACGAGGAGGCCGAGCCAACGACCGCCAAAUCCCGCCGUCGCAGGCGGCUCCUCGUCUGCUCAGCCACCGCCGCCGGAAUCCUCCUGAUCCUGGCCGCCACCGCAGCCGCCCUCGCCCUCACCGUGUUCAGGAUCCGAGAUCCGGUGAUCCGGAUGAACGGCGUCGCCGUCCAGCGUGCGGAUCUCGUCGCCGGCACCGCCAUGCCGCGGCCGGGGUCCAACAUGACCAUAGCCGCCGAUGUGUCCGUGAAGAACCCGAACUUCGCGACGUUCAGGUACCGGAACACGACGACGGCGAUCUACUACCGGGGAGUCGUUAUCGGGGAGGCGCGGGGGCCGCCGGGGAGGGCGAGGGCGCAGCGGACGAUGAGGAUGAACAUCACGGUGGAUGUGAUGAUGGAUCGGGUGCUGUCGCAGCCGGAUCUGGCGUCGGAUCUCGCGUCGGGUGUGGUGACGAUGAGCAGCUACACGGUGGUCGGCGGGAGGGUGAGGGUGCUGAUGAUCGGAAAACACGUGACGGUGACGAUGAACUGCAGCAUGACGGUGAAUAUCACGAGCCGGACGAUUAUGGAGCAGAGGUGUAGGCGAAGGGUCAGAAUCUAG